AUGCCCGGCAAUCACUGCCGCGGAGGCGGCACCGCGCCGCCCUCCGACCGGGAGGCGCCCGCCAACAGCGCCCGCCCCGGCGGCGGAGCCGCGGCCCAUCCCCUCCCCGCGCUCCUCCCCGCCGCGUGGCUCUCCCGUUCGGCGGUAGUUUUGGCCGCGUCCUUUUCUCUCUACUCUCCUCCCUCCUUCUCUGUCUCUGGCGGGGCUAUGGCCGCUUCCGAUGCCGACGAGCCCCUGGAAAAUGUUGGCUGUCGAACUUUGUCCUUGUCUGCACAUGUUGGGUUUGACAGCUUACCUGACCAACUGAUUAGGAAAUCCAUCAAGCAUGGCUUCUGCUUCAACAUUCUUUGCAUUGGGGAAACUGGAAUUGGGAAAUCAGCCUUGGUGAGCAGUUUGUUUAACACCGAUUUUGAGGACUCUCCAUCAACACAUUUUCUGUCAAGUGUGCGACUUAGAGCCCAGACUUUUGAACUCCUGGAAAGUAAUGUUCUUUUGAAGCUGACAGUUGUAAAAACAGUGGGGUUUGGUGACCAGAUGAACAAAGCAGAUACCUAUCAGCCAAUAGUGGAUUAUGUAGAUGCACAAUUUGAAGCCUAUCUCGAGGAAGAACUGAAAGUUAUACGUUCUUUAUUUAGCUACCAUGAUACUCGCAUCCAUGUCUGCCUCUAUUUCAUUUCACCUACAGGCCGUUCUCUAAAAACUAUAGAUUUGUUAACUAUGAGAAGCCUAGACAGUAAGGUGAAUAUUAUACCAGUUAUAGGCAAAGCAGACAGCAUUUCUAAAAAUGAGCUGCAAGACUACAAGAAGAAAAUAAUGAGUGAAUUAGCUAGCAAUGGCAUCCGAAUAUACCAGUUUCCUACUGAUGAUGAAACCGUUUCUGAGAUUAAUACCAUCACAAAUGGUUAUUUGCCAUUUGCCGUGGUAGGAAGUAUGGAGAAGGUGAAAAUUGGAAACAAAAUGGUGAGAGCUCGUCAAUACCCUUGGGGCAUUGUAAAAGUGGAAAAUGAGAACCACUGUGACACAAUAAAGCUCCGCAGGAUGCUUUGCACAAAUAUGGAAGACUUAAAGGAGAAGACUCGUGCGUAUUAUGAGUCGUACAGGCGCUGCAGGCUGGAAACAUUGGGUUGCAGAGACAUUGGUCCUGAGAACAAAUCAGUCAGUCUACAGGAAGUCAUUGAGGCAAAGAGGCUGGAGUUCUGCCUUGAAGUGGAAAGAAAAGAAGAGGAGAUUAAGCAACGAUUUGUGCAGAGAGUGAAGGAGAAAGCAACAAUGUUGGAAGAGGCAGAGCAACAGGUACUGACUAAAUGUGAACAUCUUACGCUAAUGCGUCAAGAAGAGGAGCUGAAACUAGGGGAAAAGAAAAAACUUCUAGAAGAUGAUAAAGCUCACUUUGUUGAGAAGAAAGCUGUCACUAAAUCGAUUCAGUCACAAGUGUCUUCUGUCUCUAGCCCUGUUAGUUUGAAGACACAAGGACUGCGAAAAAAACAAGAUUUUCAGCUUGAAGUCCAAUGCUUUCAUAUCAGAGAUGAAGGAGCUAUGACUGUUGGAGAGCAGAGCGAGAGGGAGAGUGAGAAGGAGGAGUUAGAGAGAGAAAUUCACCCAGGGAAUUUCAGGAGUAGUAUUUGAUUGCAGCACUCAAGUUUUGAAUGGUAGGGUAUGUUAGUUUUAUGAAGUGGUUUAACUGCUGUUGGCCCAUAUUAGAUGUGUCUUCCUAGUACAGGUUUUUGAGAGAAGAGAAUGAUAAAAUUGGCUGUAAAAACACGAAGUGCAGAGUAUGACCCAAUAAAGAUUUUACUUUCUUCCCCCCCACACACUUCUUUCUUUCACCACGCUCAAAGAAAAACUUGAAUAAAUUCUGAAAAUUCAGAAACGCUUUCAAAAGUAGUGUCCAGAAUAACAGUCCUAACUGAUUUAUAUUAAAAAUUUUGAAUUAAAUACCCAUAUAUUAAUUAAACUGACUUAAAUGUUUUUCUCCUCCAAAACCAGAAGUCAGUUAACUUACUAAUUUUCUUUCCUGAUCAUUUACAAAUUUACUGCAGAUAACAUUUUGUUAAUUAAUAACUUCCUGCAGUUGAAAACAGAUUUCUUGGUUCUGAAUUUAUUUAUAACUGCUAUAUUCUGAAGAACUUUAGAAGCUAAGUUUGUGCACAUAUUUCCACAGAAUCAUCAAGCUUUGACAUUUUUGGGGUGUAUGCUAGAAACCUAAUUUGGCCAAAAUUUAUUCCGUUUCCUUUUUUUUCUGGAUUUGCAUAUGAAAGUGGAAUUCUUGGUAACAGAAGUCAUUAUCUGCACUACUAUGAGUAACCCUCUGGUUUAGUCUUAUUUCUUCAGAGUAUGCUAAGUUUAUAUUCUUGCUGUGGUUUUUCAGUUCCAGCUUUAUGUAGUACUGAUGGCAGAAGACACAAUAUUGGUAAUUUCUCAUGAGGAAGCAGUGAUUCAUGGUGUACUCUGGAAGGUAUAGGAGUUCCAGUUUCUUACUUAAAUGUUUGGUUAAUAUCUCUUGCUGCAUUCUGCAAAAGAAUGAUUUUUAAGCAUGAUCUGUACACACACAGUGUGGUGGUUACUGUCAUUUUCAUCAGAAGGUUUCUGUUACAGCUCUGCCUUGAUAUGGGUUUGCCUUACAUAAGUGUGGUCAGCUUGCUUUAAUUUUAAAUGCAUUGUGCCAAAGGAGGUGACCCUGCCAUAAACAGACUAUGAAUAGUGUAGUACAAAAGUAUUCAGUGAAUAUAUCCACUACAAGCUUCCUGAAGAGCUGUUUUCAAAUGGUGUUGUUUGUUAGUCCACUGAGUGUUAUUUAAUACAACUAUUGACAUAUUUGAACCAUUUACUGAUUUUUCUGAUAAGUUUUUGCUUAAAUGGUUUGAUGUACAAGCCGUGUUCUAAAUUUCAGAUACGGUCUUUUAAAUCAAAAUUUACUGAGAUAUUUUUGCAGUGCUGAACUGUUGCAGGAUAGUUCAUCUGAUAUUACUAACUCAAUAUGGAAAGUACCUAUAUUUGAUGUUUUUGAGUGUGGUAUUCAGUUGCAGUUGAAGAUUUACAAAAACUCCAGGUUGGUUAAAACAAGUUCUAAGUGCUUUGUAUGUUUUCAGUAGUCAUGAUAACUAAUGGGAGACUAUAAGAGGUACAGUUCUCUGGAGUUGUGUUAUUUGACUGUUUAAAAAUGAAGUACUAACUUGACAGAAAUAAAAUA